AUGGCAUUAAGGGCAACUGGAUAUUGGAGAUCAAUGCUGAAUCGUUUGGGCGGAAACCACCCAUUCGCAACAUCGACUACUCCCAAAAUGAAACAGUUUGCACAAAGUGCGGGCUCUGCUCAGGCAAAUCAGUCUUACAACAAGUUUGCGAUGACAGGAGAAUUUGCACCAGUUUAUAUGGUUCUGGGAAUGUUGGUGGUGGCACUGACAAUAGGGACACACACAGCAAAACAGCAAUUGGCACAUUGCCCUAACGUUAGCGUAAGCAAGAAGAAAAGGAGAUCCAUAUCAGAGGUUGAGGAGCCAGAUCAUGCUGUCAGUUCGGCUGAUAGGUUUGUGAAUAAAUCCUUCCUAAGGAAGGUAGCUCACAUCCAGGACAACAAACAGAAUCUCCCCAGUCCUACUCGCCCCAACCCUUUUACCAGCCCUCGAAAUGUAGAGACACUGAAGACUGCUGGAGCGAAUCCAAGCCGCUCCUGA